ACCCGGGCUCCUCCUUCGUCCAGCCUCCGGGGCGGGGUCUGUUGGCUCGCCCUACCCUCGGCUUCUCAGCCUGCUCUCAGCCAAACGGAUCCCCUCCCGCCAGCAACACGGCUUCCCUUCCACAGCAAGGAGACGGGGGCUUCCCCUGCGCUGCAGCCGCCGCCGCCGCCGUCCCUGCCGCCGGCCAAGCUCCGCCGCGUCCGCGGCCCGCAGCAGCGAUGCAGUUUAUGUUGCUUUUUAGUCGUCAGGGAAAGCUUCGACUGCAGAAAUGGUAUGUCCCACUGUCAGACAAAGAGAAGAAGAAGAUCACAAGAGAACUUGUUCAAACCAUGUUGGCACAGAAGCCUAAAAUGUGCAGCUUCCUUGAGUGGUGUGAUCUGAAGAUUGUUUACAAAAGAUAUGCUAGUCUGUAUUUUUGCUGUGCUAUUGAGGAUCAGGACAAUGAACUGAUCACCCUGGAGAUAAUUCAUCGUUAUGUGGAAUUACUUGACAAGUAUUUUGGCAGCGUAAGUAAUA